CCAGGUCUCCAUCUUUCCCGAACUCGCGCAAAAAUUCUCGACCCUCUGUGAUCCGCAGUCGUCUCUCUAGCUGAACGAGAGAACGAGUAAGAGAGACGCGAGAACGCGGCAGUCGAUCGGCGUCGCGGUGCUGCACGUCAACGAUCGAGGAUCUUUCUCCGGGAGGGUGCAGUCACGAUCGGAAACUCCUGAUCCCAAGAAGACACUCUUGCGAGAAGUGGGUCGCGCCAGAGAUCUCGCCCACGCGUGGUCCCCACCUAUCGCGGUCCUCCUAUCGGUCCAGGAGUUCGUCAGUGGCGCACCGCGCACGUCCUCGGAAAGAUCGUCGUCGAAGAACAACGAGGGCCGUUGCGUUUUUCCCGCGGGCGACGAAUCAUCGGUUAAUACAAGCGAGCACGAUCGAUCGUACGAGAUCGACACAUUUCGAGCGUUGUUUUUGAGGGUGGAGUAGGAGCAGGAUUAUUCCCUAUCGGAGUGAGAGAGGACGUUGAGCGAGGAUGCCUGGCGCCGGUGGUCAGCCACCGCAGAGGACCACCUUUCGACCGCCGUGGGUCAAGGAUGGCCCGAACCCGUUACCCAUGCCCACCGCUCCCUGGACCCUCAACUCCCGCAGGGACUCUAAACCGAAGACUGAUGAAGUUCCGGCCUUCGCCCAAGUCACCUUGAAGAGUGUACCAAAACCCGCGGAACCGGCAGCACCUUCGUCAGAUGGACCGCGUAAACAAAGCAAAAUCACGAUAAUACCAAAGCAGCCGAAUAAUGAAAAGAUCCCGAGUGGCCGACCGGUGCCAGCGAAGCCGCGCGAGAAUGGACGACAGGAGCCAAGUUCGAAGCCGCAGCUCGAACGACAGAUCCGCAUCGAUAGAUCUCGAUCACGGGGUGACAUUAUACCACUCUCGAAGAGUGAGAGCACCACAGGUGCACCAACUUUAUCGAAGAGUUCAUCGCGAGCGAACUUUCCACCACCGCCACCUCCGCGACCACCGCCACCACCACCCAGUCGUACGAUCCUCAAGGACCUGCCAACUCUCAACGAUAACCAAAUGCAGAAGUUGGAGAUAUUGAAAUCUAGGCCGAGGAAACGGCCGGAUUGGGCUUGCAUGAUGAAAGAGGUCGAGAGCGGCAAGACGCUCAAGCACGUCAAGUGUAACGACCGGAGUGCACCCCUGAUCGAGAGGGUGAACAAGGUCACGGCCGAUCCAGCAGGCAAGGCCCACUUCGUAUUCGAAUCAGAAAAGUCGAAUAUGCACAAUCAGCUGCUGAAACAGAUCCAGGUGGGUGUGAAGCUCAAGAACGUAAAGACGAAUGAUCGCUCGAAGCCGAUGCUGGAGGGAUUGAGAAAAUUCCGACGACAAAUGACCAUUGAAGAACAGAUUCAGAAAGCUGAGGAAGCUCCCGUCGAUGACAUUACCAUUCAGGACGAAAUGGAUGACAUUGAUGCCGUUAGGGAUGAUUUGCAAAGUACCAAGCAGAUGCUCGCGAUAGAACUUAGAAACAAAGAAGCCUUGGAACGAGACAAUAAACGAUUGCAGGCAAGAGUUUUGAAUCUCGAGACAGAAGUGGAACGUUUAAAGUUACAAAAGAAUACUCAGGAAAGUAAGCAACAGGACGAGAAACUCACGGAAUCUUUGAGAAAGGAAGUGCAGCAAGCGAGAAAGGAUGCAGAAAAAGCGGAGAAAGAAUUCGCCACUGCCGCCGAAGAAAGAGAUAAAAUGAAAAACGAGUUGGAAGAAAUGAAAAGAAUGUAUGCAGCGCUGGAAAAGCGUAUGAAAGCUGAAGAAGAGCUUACGCCAAUUGAUACUGAGCCAAUAGUGGAGUUAGCAGAGGAUUGGGAAGACAUGGGAUGGUACAAUGUUUCAGGAAUGGCACUGGCUGGUUGUCCAAGCGCGAAGGACAUAGCCAGGAUUGCGACGCAAAAGAGUAUAGACAAACAAGAUGUUCACAGCACGAGCGAGGAGGAAGAGGAGAGCUCAGAAGAGGAAGACGAUCCUAAAGCCGGAGCGGAGAAACGCGCGCAAAGAGAGAUCAAACUUCUUAUUACAAAAAUUAAGAAUUUCAAGGACAAGGCUGUGAACGCCAGGAAAGAGAGGCACGCGCUGAAGGAGCAGAUCAAACAGCAACAGAAAUUACUGGUAGAAGAAAAGAAAAAAUACAAGCAACUACAGAAACAAGUGGAUAAAAUGGCAAAACUGAUGGGAGAUACUGACGACGACGAAGAAGAAGAAGUGGAGGAAGAGGAAGAAGAAGAAGAGGAAGAGACGGAGACUGAGGAAGAGUCGGAGUCUGAAGAAUCGGAGGAAGAGGACUCCGAGUCUGACGACGAUCAAGCGCCUAUCGAGAAACGCAAAAAUAUUUUGCAAAAACGAGUGAAGAAGCACGAAGGACGACUGGCAGCUCUGAAAAAAGGCAACUACUUGCUGAAGGCGCAAGUAGAUAGAAUUAAAGACACCCUGGUAAAGCAGCGAGAGGAUAGUAUCAGCCUGCAGGAGGAUCUUGAUUCUGUCUUAGCCGAACUAGGUUAGACUAAAUACAGCAUAAACGAAGAAUAUAGAUCUGUUUUUUGUGGCUGAACUAAUGCACACUCUCUAGACUUAAAAUGAAAUAAAUAUAUAUUUAAAAUUUGACGAAAGAGUGAGAAGAAGAAAGUUUUAAUACAUUUCAGUGCAGCUACAGAGAACAAAUCUUGUUUCUACAUGCAGAGAUUGUAUCGUAUACAAAUAUGCAUUACGCAUAUGAAUAUCAUAUAUUGAAAUAUAGACAAUUGUAUGUUAUAUUACAAAUAUAAUAUUUUUUAAUAAAUUAUUAUUGAACGCGAUUCUCGUAAUAAGUUAUUAAGGAAGUGUAAUAAAUAAUCUACAUAUAAUGAUAAACAAAUUCAAGAUGUAAACUAAGAAAUUUUAGCGUUUUUCAGCGCUUUGAAUGAACGAGUUUGACUGUCAAUUAUUAAGUAUAGGAUCUAUUAUUUUUCAUCAGAUUAUAUGUAUGAUUUAUGUCAAUGUCGAUUUUUGCUACAAUAAGAUACAAUGGAAACGAAAGAAACGUGUAGUUAAGAAAUCACUGAAUAAUAAAUAAAUCGCAUACACUCACACAAGAAAGAACAUCAACUUUAGAACAUUCACGAGAUGGAAUAAAAAAUUGUUUUUAAUUAUGUUAUACAGUUAUAUUUCGAUGGCAAUUAAAGAUAUCGCAGCUGUAUUUUUGGAUAAGUAUACUGCGACCACUUUUCAUUCGAAAUUUAUAGGAAUAUAAAUAAAAAUAUAUAUAAAAAUAAUAAAACUAAAGUAUGUUAAAACUAUUAUAUAAAUAAAUCUUUAGAAAAAUAAAA